AUGCCGUAUCCCGAGGAAGCAGAGGGGUUCCAGGUUGACAGCCCGGAUACCUGGACUCAAUUCAACAAGCGCUUUUUCCAGUUGAAGCCGUUCGGCGACUAUGACGUCGAUGUCAAGAUCGAAGCGUGUGGAAUCUGCGGUAGCGAUGUACACACCAUCAGCGGUGGAUGGGGAUCCCAAAAAUUCCCCCUCUGUGUCGGACAUGAAAUCGUCGGUCGAGCCGUUCGCGUCGGACCCAAGGUGACAUUGAUCAAAGAAGGCGAGCGUGUUGGCGUCGGCGCCCAGUCAUACUCGUGCGGCGAAUGCAAGCAGUGCAAGAACGAGAAUGAAACAUAUUGCCCUGUGCUCAUGAUUGACACCUACGGGGCUCAGUGGCCCGACACUGGUAUCGUCAGCCAGGGCGGAUACUCGUCACACGUCCGCACUCAUGAGCAUUGGGUGUUCCCUAUCCCCGACGCGUUGGAGUCGAACACCGUCGCGCCAAUGCUCUGUGCUGGGUUGACUGCAUACUCGCCGCUUGUCCGUAAUGGUGCCGGACCUGGUAAGAAGGUGGGAAUUGUUGGGCUCGGUGGAAUUGGUCACUUUGGCAUUAUGUUCGCAAAGGCUCUGGGCGCCGAAACAUGGGCAAUCUCCCGGUCACGGGCAAAGGAGGCGGAUGCCAGGAUGCUUGGGGCGGACGGAUACAUUGCGACGGCUGAAGAAGGUUGGGAGAAGGAGCACCUGUACUCGUUUGAUCUGAUCAUAAACUGCGCCAAUUCGUCCAAGGGCUUCGAUCUGGAGAAAUACUUGUCCAUGAUGGACGUCCAUGGCCGUUGGAUCAGCGUGGGAUUGCCCGAGGAGGAAGGGCAAGUGAUCAAAGCACAGAACCUGAUUGCAAACGGAGUCUUGAUCGGUGCUAGCCACCUUGGUAGUCGCCGUGAGAUGCUGGAGAUGUUGCAGCUCGCGGCUGACAAGGGGCUCAAGGGGGUAGUGGAAGAAAUUCAAAUCAAUAGCGAAGGGCUGAAGGAGGCGAUGGAGCGCAUGAAAAAAGGAGACGUGCGGUACAGGUUUACUCUGACAGGGUAUGACAAAGUGUUCGGCUAA